GGCAGCGUCUGGCAAAUUGCAAGCCAUCACCUAGAACCACUGGGAGCGAAUUCCGCCCCUCUGGAAAAAUGGAAGGCCAUCCGGUUAACCAACAGGGCCGUAGAACCAACCGUCUUGCAGCUCGACAAAUGAACGCUGCUUUCGCGGCAGCAGAACGACCCGUAAACUGUGUUCUAGAUUAUUUAUACCGUGCAAGCAACCGGCGGGCGGUGUUGCUCAAAACCAAGCGCUUUUUAAACUGUGUUUUCCCCGACGCUUGUGUGUGUGUGUGUGUGUGUGUGUGUCUCUCUCCCCUCUGUUGCCAGGCAGAUUUCUGAAAGCCGGCUGCCGAUUGGCUAAUUCUAGAAGCAGGCUCUCGUGCUGAUUGGUGCCUUUUUGAGCUGGCAGAUUAUAGGCUAAGCCAUUGCAGCUAACCUAAGACUUCCCUUUGUUUCAAAGGGGCGAUCUCUCUGCUGCAGAGAAAAGGGCGGAAGGAAGCAUGCUAAUUGGCUGAGGAGGAAGAAGUCGCUUGGCUUUUGUUCGACACAGUUGGUAGAAUUUGGUCUUAUUCCUCAAACGUUGCUUUUCAGAGAAUAUCUAAGUAGGGAGGAAAAACCUUGCAGGACUGUGGGAAUGCGUUUUGUGAGGAGUGUAUUUUUGGCCGGUAAUUUCUGCAGAGUUAUGAAAGAUUUUCUGCCCGAAUGAGAAAACGGCCGGGAGAGCGUCCUAGUAAAUGGCAUUUUUGAGAGCUACGUGAUGCGCGUCGGUUUGGGGGCGGAAAAAAGAGUUUCAAGGUUCUUUCCAGUUGAUAAAACAUGGAUUUUCCCAGAGGAAAAUCCCAACCGACCGAUGUCUUUCAAGGCAGCCACGCGGUCGGUCCGAGGAGCGUGGUUCUCAUUCCGCGGGCAAGGCCCUGAGACGGUCAUCCGGGAAACCUAACCCAACCUUGCAGCAGAGACACCCGGGCGUGGAAUCCGACAUUCCCACCCCCGGAAAGAAAGACCGAAAAAGGUGUCCUAACGCGGCGGGUCGUUCCGGCUCCGCCCCCGAAAGCCUGCGGGCCACCGCCCCCUAACCUUUCUGCACAUGCUUUCCCCGCUGCAGUGUUACACUUCUAAAGUAAGAUGGCUGAUGGGCUUGCCACCGAUGCAGUCAAAUCUCCCAGUCCUGAUUCUUCACCUAAUGCGCGUUCCUUGCUUCCGUCCCUCCUUCCUGAUCGUAUUCCUUUCCCCGGGAAAAACUGGUGCUUAGCUGCAGUCUGCCCCCUCGUGGCCAGCGACGGUAGUUUAUUCUUUGAUUCGCAAACGGUGGGCGAGCAUGGCAGGUGAUGGAUGGUGGGCUGCUCUCUGCUCACUCCCCCCGAAGAAUCUUCCGUCGCCUCGGUGCCGGCCAGAGAGACGGGACGCUUCCCGGUGAGGUUCACGAUGGACAGUGCCGAAGAGCCUCAGAAAAAAGUGUUUAAGGCCCGCAAGACCAUGCGAGCGAGUGACCGCCAGCAGCUGGAGGCCGUAUACAAAGUCAAAGAGGAGUUCCUGAAAACGGACACCAAGCUGUUGAACGGCAAGCACGAGAACGGCGACUCGGACUUGAACUCCCCGCUGGGCCACCCCGACGGCGCCGAGGACAGGAGGGAGGUGAACGGCAUAGCCGCCGACGGCCCGGAGCCGGAGGAGGGGAGGACGGACUCCACGGACACCCCCAGCCCACCAGGCCCCGAGGGCCCCGACGAGAGGACGGACCCCGCCUCGAUCGUCAAACGGGAAACGCCGCCUCCAGGCGAGGCGGUCCCCGAACAAGAGGAGGGCCCCGCCUCGAAGCCCGAAGACCCGCCUCUCGCCAACCAUAAGGAGGACAGCUUCCGGGAGCCAACCGGCAGCCGGACCCCAGACCCGGGAGAGGACGGGGGUUCGCCGGCAGGAGAGGACGGAGCAGGCGGCGGCACAGAGCCCGACGGGGAAACGCCGGCCCUCGGCGAGCCCGUCUCCGUCCACCCGGACCCCGCCCCUGGCGGGGAAAAGAAGGACACCGAACACCCGGGGAGCGAGGAGGUCAUCUCGAGCAGUGUGGAGGCUCGCCCAGACGCAGAACCCCCAGGGGACGCCCCCGGAAGUGACCGAGGAGACAGCCCCGGCCAGGACGGGGACGGCGACGACCCCAUGGAGACGGACGAGAUCAUCCCCAUCUUGGAGAAGCUGGCUCCGGCGGAGGACCAGCUGACCUGCUUCACGAAGGAGACCCUCCUGCCGGCCGGGACGGGGGCGGGGGCCGGGGCGGAGGAGGAGGAGGAGGAGGAGGAGAUAGAGGAGGCGGCCAGCCUCUCCUCGGGCCUGGAGGACAGGCUGGACAGCUCCCUGGGCUCACCGUCCAAACAGGACACCAGCGAGAGCCUGCCCAAAGAAGCCUUCCUGGUCCUCUCCGACGAAGAGGAGCCCGUGGGCGAGAAGGAGGCCGAGGAGGAAAGGCCCGGGACCAUUGAGGAGAAUCCCACAGAGGAAGCGGCGAGUGAGGAAAAAGAUAAAGAGGACAAAGAAGAGGAUGAGCCCAAGGAAGAUGAGAAACCCCCUGAAAAAAACGAGGCGUCGCGAAGAAAACGGUCCAAGUCAGAGGACAUGGACAGCAUCCAUUCGAAACGCCGACGCUACGUGGGCGAAGAGUACGAGGCGGAACUCCAAGUCAAGAUCACCGCCAGAGAGGACAUUAACCAGAAGCUGCAAAAGGUUGUCCAGCGCCUACUGGACGAGAAGCUCGGGGCCCUGCAGUGCGCCGUCUUCGACAAGGCCCUGGCCGACUUGAAAACCCGCGUGGAGAAGAUCGAAUGCAACAAGAGGCACAAGACGGUCCUGACGGAACUACAGGCUAAAAUAGCCAGGUUGACAAAACGCUUCGGAGCAGCCAAAGAGGACCUGAAGAAAAGACAGCAAAACCCGCCGAACCCUCCGCCGUCGCCGGGAAAAUGCACCAGCGAGGCCGUCGGCGUCAACACGCUAACGUACAGGAACGCCGGCACGGUGAGGCAGAUGCUGGAAUCCAAGAGAAACGUCGGCGAGAACGCGCCGGCCCCCUUCCCGGUCCCCGUGAACACAGCGUCUUCUACCGGGCCGGGCCCCACGCAAGCGGCGGGCGGAGGCCAGCCGAAGCCUCAGACCCCGGUGACCUCGGCGUCCCUGACGGCCUCCGUCCUCCCCGCCCCGAACGCGGCCACGGUGGUGGCCACCACCCAGGUGCCCAGCGGGAGCGGCCAGCCCGUGUCGGUGUCGCUGCAGUCCCUGCCGGUCAUCCUCCACGUGCCGGUGGCCGUCUCCUCCCAGCCCCAGCUGCUGCAGGGCCACCCCGGGACCCUGGUCACCAACCAGCAGGCCGGCGGCGUCGAGUUCAUCUCCGUGCAGAGCCAGGCCGCGGUGGGCGGACUGACCAAGCCCCCGCUCUCGCUGACGUCGCCCGGCGGGCCCAAGCCCGGGGGCAACGGGGGCGGCGGCCCCCCGCCCCCGGGGCCCGGCCCCGGCCUCCCCAGGAACUCUGCGGCCGGCCCCGGCUCCCUGGGGUCGGCCCUGGCCGUGCAGGCCGUCCCCCCUGCUCACCCCGCGGCCCACCCCGCCGCGCCCAACACCAGGACUCCUCUGCCCUCGGUGGGCACCCCGGGACUGUACGGCUCCACCACCGGCAGCCGCGGGGCCCCCCCCAUACAGAUGAAGAUCCCCCUCUCCGCCUUCAGCACCUCCUCCCCCGCCGAGCCCAGCAGCCCCGCGGUGCCCAGACCAGAGAACCAGUCCAGCCGGCCGACGGCAGACACCUCGAUAAGUAAGAGAGCGGCGGAGAGCACGACUCAGAGUGCGAAGGUCACGGGUGGCGAGGCGGGAAGCGGCGUCAUCGACCUCACGCUGGAUGACGAGGAGUUCGGGGCUGCGCAGGAUCCCAAGAAAGCGGGCCCCGCGGCGGCGCCGGCCCUCGGCCCUCCUCCCCCGGCUCUGACCCGCUCCCUGCAGCCCCUGCAGCCCCUGCAGCCUCUGCAGCCCCUACAGUCCGCCCCCCUGCAGCAGGCCGGAGUGCCCACCAGCGGCCCGUCCCAGACCACGAUACACCUCCUGCCCACAGCCCCGACCACCGUGAACGUGACGCACCGGCCCGUGACACAGGCCGCCGCCAGGCUGCCGGUGCCCAGGGCUCCGGCCAACCACCAGGUGGUCUACACGACGCUCCCCGCGCCCCCGGCACAGCUGCCCGUCCGGGGGGCCGUCCUGCAGAACCCCAGCGUCCGGCCGGUCAACCCACAGAGCGGCCUCACGGUCCGUGUCCCCCAGACGGCCGCCUACGUCGUGAACAGCGGGCUCGCCCUCGGGUCCGCGGGGCCGCAGCUCACCGUGCACCAUCGGCCGCCCCAGGCCCAUCCCGAGCCGCCGCGGCCCGUUCACCCGGCCCCCCUCCCGGAAGCUCCCCAGCCCCCGCGCCUGCCCCCCGAAGCGGCCAGCACCUCCCCGCCUCAGAAGCCCCACCUGAAGCUGGCGCGAGUCCAGAGCCAGAACGGCAUCGUGCUGUCAUGGAGCGUCCUGGAGGUGGACCGGAGCUGCGCCAGCGUGGACAGCUACCACCUGUACGCCUACCACGAGGACCCGGGCGCCACGGCCCCGUCCCAGUGGAAGAAGAUCGGCGAGGUCAAGGCUCUGCCGCUGCCCAUGGCCUGCACGCUCACCCAGUUCGUCUCCGGCAGCAAGUACUACUUCGCCGUGCGGGCCAAGGACGUUCACGGACGCUUCGGCCCCUUCUGCGAGCCACAGUCCACCGACGUCAUCUCCUCCCAGAGCAGCUAGGCGCCCGCCCGCCCCCCGUGCCCCCGCACGGCGGGGUGGCGGACCCCACCCCCGCCCCGCCCCCGCCCCCCGCUCGGGGUUUGGAGUCUCGUGCAUGAAAAGUCGCUGUCAAACCCACGUGCGGCGAGAGGGGCCGGGGGCCGGCGGAGAGACCCCCCGAGACUCGACGUCCGUUUAGAACCCAAAGUCAAAUAAACUCUCACGCCUGCCAAGAGAGUCGGGGGGUUUCCUCGGCGGCCCCGAGGUCCGGGCGCGGGAGCCCGAGGGGGCGCGUGGGGCGGGCGGGCGGGCGGCCGCUUCGGUUUGAGUUUGCCCGCGGCCCGGGACCCCCCGGGCUGCUCCCUGCCGGGGGGCUGGAGUUCCCCCUCCCCCACCCUUCCCCACCCCCCCCGAUGCCGCUCCGCAGGAGCAGACAAAACCCAAAGAGAACGAACAAGAGGCCCCAGCCCCUCCCUCGCCCCGGACGGAAGCCGAGGUCCGUCAGUAAAUGAAGUUCGGUCCGGGGUGCCGGGUGGCGGGUGCGUGGGCCGACCGGGAGACCCGUCGUCUGGCCCGGCGCUCCCGGGGCCCCGCUGAGGGGGGCGUGGGCGGCGGGGAGCCGCCGUGGGGCCUUUUCCGUUCAGUUCGAAGCGCGAGUCAGAGUUUGCCAUCCCCACCCGGUCCAUCCUCCCUCUCCCACCCCACUCCGCUCUUCCACUCCUGCUACCUUUGAAAUUGAUUUUCGUGCCUUAAAGAGUUUCUGAGAAAACAGCAGUACUCCUGGCGUCUCUCUUCCUGCCUCCGGAGCUCCCCGAGCCUCAGUUUCUCCCGGGCUCCUGGCAGUCCUUCCUCACGCCUCGUCGCCCGGCGGGAGAGAGGAGGCCAGAGGCACCGGUCCCCGACCGGUGAAGGGCCGUUUCUUCCGGCCAGGGGCGGCGGUGGCGGGAAGGCUGCCAGGGUACAGCUGGGUCCCGGGAGGGGCUCGGGGUCACCACCAGAGAGGCCAGCAGGCCGCCGGUCCCGGUGCCAGCCCGGUCGCUCAGCCCGUGGCCCGUCUUCGACCCCGCUGAGCUCCUCCCACCCCCCGGGGACAUCCAGUUGAGGCCUCUCGCCCCACCGGGCCGGGCGGUAUCCUCUCCCAUCCCACCCAUCUGACCCAUCCCCGCGGAAGGAGAUGGUUGGGCUCCGGGGCGGGGGCGGGCAGAGCCGCUUAAGACCGGCGGGCCGCCCAGCCUUUCCAGAGCGAUACCGUCGAGCGUCAGGUGGCGGCCCAGUGGCGAGGUGCCGGAACGCCCGGCCUCCCGGAAGAGAGGGAGGACGGCCUGGCGGGAUGACCUAGGAGGAAAGCCGCUCCGAAGGGAGCUGCCGGCUUCUCAGAGGCCAGCGUUCGAAUCUGGCCUCUUUGUAACGAGGCGAGCGUUGGCUGUCGGAGACCAGGAAGCGUCUCUCCUCCACCGUGAAGUACUGCGGUUUGUCUCGUCGGUGGGAGACGAGCCGCCGUGGUCCACGGUGGAGGGUUGACGUUCGGAUUGGGGGAGGCUUUCCUCGUGGCGCCAUUGACUCCGAGGGGUCAGGCGGGGUCGGGGGGGGGAGGGGGCUCAGCCGGGCCGGAGCGAGCCGUGCCCGAUGCCCUGAGCCCUGGGCUCCGUCUCCCGUGGGAGUCGGGGUCUCACAUCCCCCUGUGGCCUGGUGCGUCCGGGCGAGAACCAUCCCGGAGCUUGGCUUGGGCGGUCGCCGUGAGAGACGUUCCGGGCGGAACGUCGGCCGCGCUGGGCGGCAGGGUUACGUCCCGGGGAGGCGGGCAGUGGACGGUGGGCAUGAGGGCACGAGGGUGUUUCUGUCUGGGCCGUGAUGGGCCUCCCGGUCGCCAAGCUCCCCGAUGGUCCGGUGACUCCACGUGUAACUUGGGGAUCGGUUGGAGCGUCCCUCCAGGGGAUCGGCUUCUUUUUGGCAUCAGCCCCCGGUGAGGACCUCCGUGUCGACCGGGUGAGCGGGAUGAGCGUAGCGGGCCUCGGUGCAGGGGGCUGCCCGCGUAGCGGCUCGGGAGGAGCUCUCUCCUCUAUCGGGGGGGCGGUGCGGGGAGCCUUUCAGAAGUCCUCACUUGACAGAUCCGAGCGAGGGAUUUUUGUCUUCCGAGAAGUUCCCUCGGAAGAACUGAAGCCACUGAAGUGGGAGCGCUCCCUUGGGAAAAGGUUCGAUUUUCCCAUCCGGGAAUCCGGCAGAAGGGUCCCGAGGUCUCCCCGCAGCAACCAGCGGGACCUCGGGAGGGGGGCGGCCGUCCCGUAGUCACGCGGCCAGGGUGAUGCCCGCCGGGCGUGCACGAGUCUUCCCCUGGGGCAGAUGGACCCCGGCCCGUUCCCACCCUCAGCCCGCAGGGCGGGACCCCCGUGGGGUCUACCCGCCCGUGCGGACCCGGACCCCCGAAGAAGGGAGCUGAGGUACGAUCGGCCGGCCCACUCGGGGGGAGGGAGAUGUGGCGGCGAAGUUCUGGUCGUUCUCAUUUUGGCAUCUGUGGCUUCUCCCGGGGUUCCCCCAGCCCUGGAUCUCCAGUGCCAGGUUGGGGACUCGCUGGCAGCGAGGCUUUGCCGCGGGUUUUGAACGGCAGCGUCCAAGUGGAAGGAGCCUCGGGGAUCAGGUUGAGCCUGCCGCAGGGGUCAGGAUCAGCCCGCCUUGGGGGCUGCCUAGAUUUCCAGGUGGCAGAGUAAUGGGAGACGCCAGGCCGGGCAUCAGACGGAUCCUCCCUAGGCACUGUGAGUCUUCUUUCACCCUGUUUUAAGUGUGACCGUCCCCCGGUCCAGAAGCGUGCCGGGCGGACGGUGGUGACCGGCGGCCACGACUACGAAGCUGCCGGCCCGUUUCACUUUCCUCCCAGCAGAAGGCCCCGUCGGGCUUUGCCGACCGCCCUCCCGCCGGCUGCUCCCCCGUCACUUCCUUGUGGGCGACUGGUCCCCCGGGGGCCCUGAGGGGGAGCGAAGACGGAGGGGUGGUCCGUCCGGACGGGUCCCUUUUAGAGAGCCAGCAAGGGCCCCGCGUUUGCCCAUAAACUCGGCCUCCUGUCUAAAAGUGGUUUCUCGGUCUCGGUUAACCGCUACGGAGGCACUCUCCGGCCGCCGCUUGAGCGCGUCUGGAAAACGGGGGCGCCGUCCCCUCCCGGCCCCCGGAGUCGGGGUGGGCAGAGCGUAUUAGCCCAGCGGGACCUUCUGCCCCCAUUCUUCCUCCCCACCUCGCGGCUCCAGGCCGAGACUGGGGAAAAAAGAGUAACGCCCACGGUAUCCUUCCCGACCGGCCCUGCGGACGGCGGGUGGAGGGGACCGUCCCCUCCUCCUGCCCUCGUUCGGCUCGGCCCCGCUCUCCCCCUUCCAGAAUAACCAGGCUCCAGUAUUAAAAAAGGGCGAAUGGCUCGUGCCCGGGGCAAAGCUGUGCUUCCGCUACCAAAAGCCCCGCCACGAGGGUGGCGUUUUGUGUCCGGGAAGGGGCGAGGCCGGGGGUUUUGGGAGCGGGGGGGCCAGGCCCCGGGCCGGGCGGGAGGAGAGGAGGCGGCCGGGGGGCCGAGAAGCCAGCUCCAGAGUCGGGAACCAGCGUGUCACUUGGCUGCUCUCGUCCCGCGCAUCGGCGGGCGGUGGGGGCCGCCGGGCGGCCCCUCGCCUCCCUCGGGCCGGCGCGUUCGGGGCCGCGUCUCGUCCGCCGCGGGCCCGGCCGGAGGGCUGACGUGUCUUGGCUCCGUUAGAAAAUCAAAUUCAAAGAGAAAUCUUUCGUUCGAAACCUCGAGGUCUCUCGCGUUUUUUUCUCCGCAGCUGAAAAUGUAAAUAAAACAGGAUGUUGGAGGCUCCGCCUCGCGCCCAGUUUAAAUUGGGCUACCGCAAGCUGUCCCCCGAUUUUUAUUUUAUUUUAUUUUGUACGUGGAGUAGAGUAGCGUGUGUAUCAGUGUUAACUGUAGUGGGGUUUUGUCCGGCAAGCCUGAAAUUUAUACUUUGAAAUAAACUACUGGGUUUGUAACAUUCCA